AUGAUCAAACCUUUGCUUCUCUCUCUUCUUGUAACUGCAGUCAUUGCGGUGCCGCAGUCUGGCAAUUGCCGCUGUCGUCCCGAGGACAGCUGCUGGCCCUCUCAAAAGGAGUGGUCGGCCUUGAAUAACACCAUCCAUGGCAACCUUGUAGCGGUGCGUCCGGUCGCGUCAGUCUGCCACCAGGCGGAGUAUGAUGCCAAAGCAUGCAGUACCAUCACUGGGCUUUGGUCUGACUCUGCCUGGCGUUCAUCUCAGCCCGGUGCCGCCCAGUGGGAGAAUUGGGAAGCUUGGCCGGAGCGUAAUCAGUCAUGCUACGUCGGUUCUCCUCAGAAUGCUGUCUGUGGACAAGGUCGGAUCUCGCUAUACUCGGUCAAGGCACACAGUGCAUCCGAUAUCCAACAGGCCGUCCGGUUUGCCAGCGCCCACAACCUCCGGCUUGUCAUCAAAAACACCGGGCAUGAUUUCUUGGGCCGCUCAACGGCCCCAGAGUCGCUGCAGAUUCUCACUCAUGGCAUGACGGAUGUCCAAAUCGUAGAUGACUUCGUUCCAAAGCGUUCGGUGAAGAGUGAAGGCCCUGCGGUGACGAUUGCUGCCGGCGUACAACUGCCACAAAUGUAUGCGGCCGUGGCCAAGCACAACAGGACGGUGAUUGGGGGCUCUUCGCAUACUGUUGGGAUACGACAUAUCCUUCAGAUCACCCAUGGUUAG